CACUACUCAGUUGGCACAAAGUUUUGACGCGCCGACUCUUCCACAGCCGCCCAGACAGACGCGUCUGACAGAAACCAGUACAACUAUGCAGGAUAUUUCUCGGUGACUGAACUCAAAUUUCUUUUCUCCGCGGCGAUAAGAAGUUGGGCGCCUGUAAGCUCAUGUCUGACCGUGAACAGAGCUAUAUCACCCUCCACCUGCAGCUCAUUGUGUCGGAGUCAGUGUGGGCGCGUAAACUUCCAGAGGACUUGGAUUUUUUUGGGCACUUUUGGCACCAGACGGGACAUCGUGUCGUGUAGGAGUCAACAAGUGUCUCUCAUUCUGCGGGUAUAGAGGAGACAGAGAGAUUAGGAAAGCUGGAAGUUGUUGAAUGGAAAGUUUGUCUUCCUUGUUUUAAGUAAAUCACAUUUUAUUCGAGCCACUGGAAGGUUGAAGAAGUUCUUUAAAGUUUUGUUGUCACCAUGAGUGGAAUGCUGGUGUUCCAGAUGUGGACGGUGUUAUUGUUGGGGACUAUAAUUGUUGGGGUCGCGAGGGCUCAGGUCUCCACCGCCAGAGUGAUGAGGGGCAACAUCAGGAGAGACGACAGCAAUCGCCUCACCACAGACUUGUACCGCAAAGAGGAAAACACCACAGUAACGCCAGUGGGUGGAGCCAUCCACAGCCCACGCUACCCCAACGCUUACCCCCGCAAUCUGCUGUUGUCAUGGAAACUGCUGUCGCCACCAGGGAGCCGCAUACACCUGGAGUUCGACGGACACUUCGGCCUGGAGGAGGCUGAGAACGGAGUGUGCAGGUAUGACUUUGUUGAAGUGGAGGACCAAUCAGAGACCAGCACUAUAAUUUGGGGUCGCUGGUGUGGGCAGAAGGCGCCGCCCAGUCUCAACUCCAAAACCAACAUGCUCAGAGUCACCUUCAAGUCUGACGAUUACUUUGUUGCAAAGCCGGGAUUCAAAAUCUACUACUCACUGCUGUACGACUCUCCUCUGCCUGCAUCCAACACUAACUGGGAGGCUGUCACUAUGCCCAUGUCGGACGGUGGCGGAGGGCAGAUGCCAGCGGCGGUCACACAGGUUCCUUUCUCACUGGAGGAUUUGGACCGGACCAUAGCGGCAUUUGACACUGUAGAACAGCUUUUCAGAUCGCUGAGCCCAGACACCUGGAGACAGGACCUGGACAGCAUCUACACUCAAACACACAUACACUAUAGAUCCAGGGCCUAUCAUCUGGCAAGCAGGCAUAAUAAAGUUGAUCUGAACCGUCUCUAUGACGACGUCAAGCGGUACAGCUGUACGCCUCGCAACUACUCGGUGAACCUGCGCGAGGAGCUGAGGGCCACCAACGCCGUCUUCUUCCCUCGAUGUCUGUUGGUCAAACGCUGUGGAGGCAACUGUGGCUGCGGAACUGAGAACUGGAACAACGGCUGCUCCUGUCAGGCCUCCAAGACGACACUCAAACUACACGAGGUGCUGAAGUACGCCCCAGAGGUCACUCUGCAUCAGCGCCAUCGGAGGCCGCGGGUUCGCUGGGUCAUUGAGGAGAUUUUCCUCACGCACCACGAAAAGUGCGAGUGUGCGUGUCCCUCCCAGCCCCCUCGCUGACACUCCCAGACGGACACAUGAUGCAUCUGGAACUGUUGGACGAGUUCUUCUUUUAUCUAUUUUUUUGCAACGGACUUCAUGUAAUUACAGCAACGCAGACACACGUGCAGCAAAGAAGGAGGCAACAAUUUGACUGGCAAACUGUAGCAAACACCAGUGACUUUUGUUCUUCCAAGUAAACCAGCUUCCUCUGUACACAGGCCAAACUUGUAAAACACAUUUGUUAUUUAACUUUCCUGCAACUUGGAGUCAAAAUUGUCUCUGUUUCAAAAGUUUUUUCCUCCAAAAGACAAAACACGAGAGAUUCUUUGGAAUACAAAAAAAAAAUUACCAUACCACACUAUGAAAAAAAUAACACCAAUAUUGUAUCAAACCUACAUUUACAUUUGGAUUUAAGGCGUUUAAUGGAUGCCAAGUUGAUUGAAUUGAAAUUUAAUUGACAACCUGUGUAAACAGCUUUUUUUAUUCCUAUUUCCUCUGUAUGUAUUUGCGUUUCUUCGUGUUAUAAAAAGAGUGUUUGUAGAAACUUCCGGCACUUCUAGUGCCAGGAGCAUGCUGAGAUGAGUGAGCGUCAGACAGAAGGAGGGAGGGAGAGGGGUUGGAACAAGUGUAAACCAAAAUAACACUUUAUCUUGAUGUGAAAUUAAGCUAACCACAACCCUCCACAUCCGAAUUGCACACUAACACACAUUCACUUCUAAGCUUCUGCUCCUAUAAAGACAAAAAUUGUAGUUAUUUAUACUGAAUUAUUCACUGCUCUAUUUUCCAGCGAAGCCCUCCUUUGUUUUGCACACAUUCCUGUCUGCAUAUAUGCACGCUUCCCUUUGUCGGUCCUUCCAUCUGUACGCUUCCUGCUCUUUCUUUCUCUCUCACUGACUCCAUCUCUCUCUCUCUCUCUUUCUAAAGCACACACUCCCUUCAUCGCUCACUCUCUUAACACAUCAAAGGAGACGUCAGAUCGGGCUGCUGCGCCGUUUUCUGAGCGUUCCUGGCAUUCCAACCGCAAACUGGAAUUCUGCUAACACGGAUAAAACCGUGAUCCUCAGACCCUGAACGCAUACUGUAAGAGGAAAGAGAGUCUCUGGGCUCACAGAAAAAAGGGACAAUCAAGCCGCCUAUUCGUAGAUUACCAGCACUUCUGGAUGAGAGAUGAGAGAGGAGCCACUUUCAAGAUAUACAACAUGAAUUUUGCAGCUACUUCAGCGGUUUCAAUCAGCAUGUUCAUAUAUUCAGAUUUUUUUGUGUCAAGCUGCUUUUUUCCCCUCACGAAGAUGCUCACAUGUAUAGCACAAUCUGACCCACUGCUUUGCAUGUCUGCAGCAACACCACAGUGGGAAAGAGAUGUGUGGGAAUUAGAGUAAUGUUCUGAAAAUAACAACUGAUACUCAUGUGUGUGCCUGUUACAGCUCAGGAAGAGGUCCUUUUGUUUAAGGGGUGGAGGGUUACCAACAGUCUGUGAGAGCUGGCAGCCAAUACAAGCAUGGGAAUGGUCGGCAUGCGACUGUGCGUGCAAGUGUGUGUGUGUGUGUGCAUGUGUAGGUAUCAAAGCAAUAGAGCAAGAAUUCAAAGUAACUGCUUAUCAUUUCCAAACACAUGACACAGCUGUGAGAAACAAAAGACGCUGUCAUCAGUCAUCUCUCCAUCGACCAACCUCCCAUGUGUCACACGCUCAGGCCCGCUUACAGGCCGGAUUUACAGAGAAAAUGGGAUUUUACGCACUACUUUUGUUCUAAAGAAUAAAAAAAAAAAGAAAAAAGAAUAACCGGACACCGAGACGAUUCUUCGGUCACAGUGAAACCAGAUCAGCUGUGUGCCGGCGGCGCUUUUAUGUGCAUGUGUGUACUGUAAGUCACAGGUUUUAUUUGGCAGGUAAGGGAGACAAAACACUCCAAAAAAGGUUGUGCGGUAGUCACAUUCCAAGUAAUUUACCCCCCAAACGCACACACAUAAAGUUGUUUUUGGCUGCGGUUCAUCUUAGAAAGCAGCUUCACUUUGCUGCUGUCAAGCUUUUGUCUUCUGUUCUCCAGCGAGAAAAGUUGUUUUCAUUCCUGUGUGUGGCAUUUUGAAACACAAAGAUAAACACAAAGCUCGCACAGAGCGGGUGAUUUGUUCAAAUUUCACAGAAGUUGGCAGGUAAAUUACCCCGUUAUAUUUCCAGUAGCUAACGAGCCAGAUGGUGAUUAGGUAACGUGUCAUUUUCCAAGAUGCUUUGUUGAAAAAUGUAUAGUUACUCUAGCGAGAGCUGUUGUGGAAUCUGUGUGUGUGUGUGUGCGUGUGCGUGUGCGUGUGCGUGUGCGUGCGCAUCCUGUGUCUGCCAGUUCGCUGGCGUUAUCAGCACAUUCCUUUGUUGCAUGCUCCGAAGUGACAUUCCUCUUUUUUCCUCAUAACUGGUUUGUUUUCUCCUCCAGUUCUGUACAAUAUAACCACAUGUAUUUCAAGUUCAGACAUUUAAACCUGCUUGUGUAAUUGUUUGGAUGUUAGUUUUUUGGUCCAUUUUACGUCAACUAAGAGCGUCAAAACCACACGUUGGACACCUUUUAGAUUAUCAUGCUUUGAAUAAGAUUUGGUUUCAGAGUUUCAGCCUCCUUUCGUCUGAGGAUUGUGGGGAUUGUACUGUCAUGUUUUCAACUCAGAGAAAAGUUGUUUAGUUUUAGCAAAAGAAACUGCUUUGCUGUAUUCAGAAAAAAUAUUCGUGACGAAAACUGUAUGCUUUACUUAAAUAAUUUAUUGUGUCUUUCUCUAUUGUUUUAUUAAAAAUAUCAGCUGGUUGGUCUUGAUAAAUAAAGUGUUUCUAGCA